CAAUGUGGUAAUAAGAGUGAAUACGAAUGAAAAGUCUGUGGGUGGAUAUGAAAUGAAAGUCCGCCAUAUCUAUUAUCUACACGUCUUGUCUUUCCAAUAGUGACUCGACUUUCGUAUUAUUUUGUUAGAUAGCUCGGUUGUGUAGAUAUUUGUUUUAAUUUAAUUAAUUUUAGUUCGACCAGUGCACGGUACAUGGUGUUCGCGUAACUCGCAGACCUUCGCCGGAAGAUCACCAUGGAGUCGCCAAGAAAAUUCAACGAUUGUUACUUCUACUAUUAUUCCACAUGCACCAAGGGGGACAACUGUGUGUUCCGACAUGAGCCUUCAGCCCUGGGCUGCGAGACCAUGUGCACGGCCUGGCAGCAAGGCAAGUGCAUGGACAAACGGUGCAAACUCCGCCACAUGGAGCUCAGGAAAAACCGCAAGCAGAUCCCUUGCUACUGGGAGAACCAGCCGGGCGGCUGCCGCAAGAAGCAUUGCCCAUUCAUGCACAAGAACCCGGAGGCCCGCACUGACGGCAUCGCGCCCAGCCAGCCUAUCCCGCAGCAGCCCAUCGCUGGGCAGACGGUCCCCGUCGGGCCGGACGGCGCGGAUACGGCGCCGGCGCUGGGCGUGGGCGUGGGCGUGGGCGUGGCCGCGCCGCAGCCGCAGCCCGUGCCGCUCUUCUGGCAGCAGCAGCGUCAAGUAGUACUCGACCCCGCGAUCCUGGACGCUCUGCCGGCGGCGGCGGGCGGGGGCGGGGAGCUGCCGCUGCGGCGCCUGGUGGGCGGCGUGCCGCACGUGGGUGUCCACGCCCCGCACCCGCACCCGCACGUGCACGAGGCGCCCAACCCCUACCUCAGUCAGGACCAGCUUGUCGUCAACUUCGAGGAAGAGUCCGAUAACGAGAGCGCGCCUUCCUCCACGCCCACUAAAGCGGGUUCUUCGCCGCCGCAAGACAAGCAGUCGCAGGAAUUACUGCUCCUCGAGCGUAUUCAGGCCGAGGCGGCCGCCUACUACAGCUACGAGAACCUCCCGACCGACCCACCUAAAGAUCGCAAGAUCAUCCGCACCAACCUCUCCACCAAGUACGACCGACUCUCACUCGACGAAAUCGCAGGUAAACAGGCCACCGAGCGCCGCAGCUCGCUCGAUUUCAAAAUACUCUCCCUGGAGGAGAUCCGCGCUAGAAAAAAAAGCGACGCCAUCGUCCACAGCGCGCCUAUCACGCUCAAUCUGAGAAAAAGGAAAUUAUCUACACAAGAAUCUGUCACGACUACCGGUGAUAAAAUCAUCAAGGUCGUUAGAAGUAAUUCUAUAGUUUACAAAAAGGUUGACCAUAAUGUGCCUUCGACUAACCAAUCUAAACCGGAACAUAGGCUCAGUGGCAGUGGCGACGCCAGCAGAAAACGAACCUUAUCAGAACAGAGCGAUGUCUACCUGGUCCACGAGGACGAAUUAGUAGAUAACUGCCACGAGUUCAAAAAAAUAAAACUAGCAGAAACCACCUCGAAACCUAGACUAAUUAGAAAUAGGAGUAGUAAUAGUGAGGCUAAGGAGCCAGUAGCUACUAAAACGGACGACUCAGACACAGAAGUACAAAUAGUAAGUAUCGAUAUAUCAGACUGCACAAAUGUAGAUUUAUCUUAUGAUGAAGACAAUAGUAAAAUGGCAGAGCACGUAGAUGUUGUAGAUCUAAGUGAUGACGCGGACGAUUGCGAAGUCACGAUAUCAGACUACGACCUAGGUCUAAUCAAGAACGUUCCUGAUGUAGUCGCUAGUUGUCAAAAGAACUCGAAUUCGGAAAACAUUGAGAGAGAUCUUGUUAGUGACAUAGAUAAUAUUUUGGAUGACUUGUUAUGAUUUCGGAUUCUAGUUUAGGAAAAACGUACAAAUUUUUAGAUUUAAGAUGUUAGUUAAUACUACAAUCAGAUUAAGUCUCACCUCGAAAUCCUUCCAAAGUUAUGAAAUUUGGUAUGUAUGUUAAUUAAAGGCCUCUUUUUCAUGUCCACACUAUUUCACAUUUUGGGGACCUCGAGGAAUCGCAGCCAUCUUGGAAAAUGUGUACCAUCCUGGAGAAAUUUCCGUUUUACUCUAAAUAUACGUUCUCUAUGAAAAUAUCGUGUAAGGCAACAUUAAAGCUUAUUAAAUUCUACACAAAUAAGUCCUAGAUAACUUUGCGGAAAAAAUACAUCUUGUUAUAGAAAAUAAUAGCGGAAUCCAGAUUUAGCGCUUAUACCCUUUCAGGGGAUAUUCUCUUAAUAUGAAACUUGGCGGAAUAUGAAUUCCACUUUUGUCUAUACAUUUGUACACGUUCUACUGCAAUAUCAACAUUUUAAUCGACUGCGACUUAAACAGAAAGUAGUGUUAUGGGUAAAUACUGAAAAUCAGUACACCCUAGCUCAGGAUACUGGACCGAUUUUUUAAAACGACAUAUUGGUAGAUUCCUCUUGCCCUUCACAACCUGUUUACACCUGUUUUAUUAAAGAAAAAUCAAUACAGCUGCCUUGAGAGGACGCCGAAUAGUAAAUCAUAUUUUUACUUCUAGCGCCUAAACUAUUGAGUGGAUUUCAAUAAAAUAGACAUCAGUAGAUCCAUAAUUGGUACACGAGUGCUAUGCAAUACAAAUUUACUAAAAUAAAUGCAGGAAAAAUGUGUAAAACUUAAAAAUGUGACUAUAAAAACAGAUUUUAGGUCUUAAAUGGAUCUUUUCAAGAUGGCGCUUGAUCCCCGUGGUCCCCGAAGCUCCAAUUUUAUGACACGCAAACAGGGUUCCCUGAAAUUGUAGGUGUCAAAUUUCAUUACUGUCACUAUUGUUUAAACCCCAUUUAAGACCUAAAAUCUGUUUAUGAUUUACUAUUCGGCGUCCUCUCAAGGCAGCUGUAUUGAUUUUUCUUUAAUAAAACAGGUGUAAACAGGUUGUGAAGGGCAAGAGGAAUCUACCAAUAUGUCGUUUUAAAAAAUCGGUCCAGUAUCCUGAGCUACAGGGUGUACUGAUUUUCAGUAUUUAAACCCAUAACCCUACUUUCUGUUUAAGUCGCAGUCGAGUAAAAUGUUGAUAUUGCAGUAGAACGUGUACAAAUGUAUAGACAAAAGUGGAAUUCAUAUUCCUCCAAGUUCCAUAUUAAGAGAAUAUCCCCUGAAAGGGUAUAAGCGCUAAAUCUGGAUUCAGCUAUUAUUUUCUAUAACAAGAUGUAUUUUUUCCGCAAAGUUAUCUAGGACUUAUUUGUGUAGAAUUUAAGAAGCUUUAAUGUUGCCUUACACCAUAUUUUCAUAGAGAACGUAUAUUUAGAGUAAAACGCAAAUUUCUCCAGGAUGGUACACAUUUUCCAAGAUGGCUGCGAUUCCUCGAGGUCCCCAAAUGUCAAAUAGUGUGGACAUGAAAAAGAGACCUUUAAUUAACAUACAUACCAAAUUUCAUAUCUUUGGAAGGAUUUCGAGGUGAGACUUAAUCCGGUUGUACUAUAAAGGUUAGUGCAUAGGGAAUUCAAAUGAUAAGUGUUCACUAAAAGUUACAACUUGUUGUAUUGUUUUACGUCGCUACAAAUUUAGUGUGUGUUUCUGAGAUUGUUAAUGCCAUUGAUGCAAUUUUUCUAUUGAAGUUUAGGAGUUGUUAAAAUGAUAAGUUUAAUUUAUUGUGAUACGGAAAUACAUGUUUUCGGAAAGUGAUUCUAGUAAAAUAGAAUGGGGAAUAAAUAGUCAUUACCUACUAACUAGUUCAUACUUAACUGUAUAAAAAGUAUAAAGCUAAAAAGGGAAUUGCACUGCCAGAAUCGCCUUAGCUGAAUAAUUAGAAAUAAGAAGUCGAGGUUUUGAUCCAAAAAUGUAAUAUACAUACAUAAUGCUGUUAAUAAAACGUACCGACGCGACACAAUUCUUAUUCACAAAAGAAGUUCAUAUUAAUAUGUUUACACCUUAGCUUUAAUAUAAUAAAUUCGAAAUGAAUCCCUCAAAAGUUGAGGCGUCACUAAAGAUUUUUGUGCCUAGGCACAUGAUACAUAUACACGUUUUGGGCUUAGUGUUUACCUACGUUAGUAAGUAUAGUGUCAUAGAGUACCCAGCCUUAGAACCGCAAAAGUUUGUUGCUCGAAGUUUAGCAUCAAGAGUAAAAUAAAUUAUUUAAAAUUAAAGUACAUUGUUUAAACAAAUAUUUUAACUAGAAGUAUUUGAAAAUCAGUACAACAGAGGACUAAAGUUUGAUGCUAUACUUCGUCUUUUUUUAGCAUUAGAAAUAAGGUAAACAAUAUUGACGUCUUUUUAUUGAAAAAUAUAGAAAAAAGCUUUUAAAAAAUUGGUUUAUAAAAGCAAAAGAAUGUAAAAGAUCGUAUAUGAUUUAUAAUUGUAACAUAUUUGCUGUGACUUAUUUUUCAAAAGCGAUUUUUAAUAAAAAAACACGUCAAGAUAGCUUACCUUCUUUCUAAUGCUAAAAAAGCGAACUAUAGUUGUACGUGAAAUAACAUCAUUACACAGUAACAAUGUUAUCAUUGUGAAUUUAUUCCAAGCAUGCGGAGUCACUUAAAAAGGUUCAGUACCUAUUUCGGUUUUAAGGCUUUUAUUUUGAACUACGCUAAAAUGACCAUUUGUAGACUUUAUUUGAUAAUAAGGCUAGAAAUGAUCAUGUAAGCGCAUCAGUAUGGUACGAUUGAAACAGGCAUACUACAGUAUGAUUUGUGAUACAAAUUACAUUACUUUGUAAAAGAGACUCACAAUUAUGUAACGAACAUUAAAUAAAUUAUUUACAACUUACGGUUAAAAGCCUUGUCUUUUUGUAAAAAUCUAAAGGGACUUGGAAAUGUUUUAUCGGUAAUUCAAUAUAACUUAUAAUCCAACCUUGUGUUAAGAGGCCGGUGUCGAUUUUAGUCGCAAAAAUGUAAAAUUUAUAGAUUUCGUCGGUGAAAUUGUACACCUUUUGUUACCUAAUUGAAAUAACAAGUACUGGUUUCUAUUAGCACGUCUUCUUAUCUUACCUUUUAUCAGAUCAAUUUUUUGAAAACAGACGCAUUAAAUUAGUAAUGUUUGCUUUUCUGAUGGACGUUUAGGUAAACGCGCGUAAAGCACUGAUUUUGUCGCUCUUAUUUGUAAAUUUCGUAAAGUUUGGACGGCUUAACAUGGUAAUUUUGUAUUACACAUAUCCUGUGCUUGACGUUUAUCAGACUACAUUUUUAUUUUUAUUACUUUGAAGUAGUCUAAAUGAAAGUUAGACGAAAUCAAUUUUCUCCAGAAAUUACUUCAAAACAAAUGACAAUUUCUCUGAAAAUCUACUUAAAUUCAACGUAAUUUUGAUACUUAAACAAUCUACAACAUUUGCUGAAACUAUUCUUAUACAUCAAUUUGUAUAAUUUACCACCAUAAAUUUUUGAUGAAUUUUAAAAAACUGCCCCUUCGUUUCAUAUAUUACCGGUGACACACGCUCGCGACCUCAUAAUUAAAAGGCAAGAUGAGAAGACGUGCUAAUAGAAACCAAUACUUGUUAUUUAGAUAUUACGUAACAAAACGUGUAUAAUUUCAGCGAUUAAAGCUAUCAAUUUCAAAUUUUUGCUCCAAAAUCGACUACGGCCUCUUAAAUAUUUCUUAAUAAAUCCAGUCUGUUAAAAUAUGUGCGUGAAAGAGACAGGUAUUUAAAAAUCUAUGAAAAUUACGUAUUGACUGUUACAUUUUCUAACUUUCAAAAUUAAUUGGAACCUGUAUACUCACUUGGUAAAUGCUACUUCUUAGCUUCCUUUUUGAGAUCUGACUUCCUGCCCUGUAUGAAGGGUACAACGAGGGAACAGUGGCUCGGUAGAAAAAGGCCAUGGACAGUGGCUCCGUCAACCUAAUUUCAACAUGAGAGAGGCGAUAUUUGGGCGACAGCCACUGUCCGAGCUGAGCCACUGUUUCCGCCUUGACCGUUCCGUUCCGUUUAUACGUAAUGGAAUUUUGCUUUCCAUAUCAAAAGAUACCUUGUGUUGUUACAAUAAGGUAUCGUUUGAUAGUCACAUAAUUAUUUCAUUCAUAGGGCACUUAUUAAAUAUGUACAUUAUUGCAGAAAUUAUUUUAGUCAUAUCUUUCAAAUAUAGACCAUAUUGCAAUUAUAUAAGAUUCACUUGAAAAAAAGACUUUCGGAAAUGAUACUUUAUUUAAUUUGCAAUUUUAGUUUCCGCAAUAAUAUAAAUUAAAUGUUAUAUUUUUUGGAUUUUGCCUACGUACUAUGUUAUGUUAGCGACAUAUACAAUAAAUAUACAAGGCCGCCGGGCGAGGCCUGCAGCCCAUAGUUACUACUAUAUCUUACCUACCCUAUCUACUUUGUGUUCAUUAUCAUAAAAAAUAAAUUUUAGCUAUUAACACUUACCACGAGUUGUAGUAAUAAAAGCAGAAUGGUUAUUUGCAAAUAGACACCUAUGAAAUGUUCAUCGUAUGUUGUAUUAAUGCAUUUUAUAAUUUUAAAUACCUAACAAUAAUUUUGUUUAAGUUCGACCAUGAAUAGAAAGACGAAAUAGUUUAUAAAAUUACUAAUUUUGACACAGGCAAUAUCCAACCAGUCCAAACACAAUGGUUGUAUCAGUAUUUGUAAUCUCUUUUGAUCAUGUCAUAUUAAGUGUUUUCUAUUAAUUCAUACUAGCAGGUGUCGAUUUGAAAUAAUCACUCCAUGCUUUUACUGAAAGUUAAUUCCUGAAUAAAAUAGUUUGAGCCCAGAUUUGUGCUCUUCCAUAUUUGUGGCAUGACUACUGGAUAUGUUUAUUCUUGCACAUGUGCAGAAACAAUACAAUAAAAUUAUGUUUUCUUUCGAUCUGUU